AUGGCUUCAAGUCUUUUUAAUAUAUCGAGGUACAGUCGUUUUAACUUAUCCGAAAGUGAGUCUGAUAUUGAAGUUUUUGUUAAAGAAUAUGGAUACCGCAUAAAACGCCAACUCGCGAAUGAACUUGAAGGUUACCGGUCACAGUUUCCUUCUUUUGUCGAAAGAAAAGUGAAGGCUGAGGAAUUACCUUGGGUCGAAGAAAAUUUUGAACGAUUUUUUAAAGACUCGCCAAAUGAGUGGCUCCGGAACGUACAUUAUCUUUCAGAGUUUGGAUUUAUAACUUCCAUGAUCUACACACAAGAUGGAGAAUUUCUUCUUGUUGGACAUUCGUCGGGACUAGUUCAGAUGCGACAUGGCAGCACUGGCGUGGUUCUUUGUACACUUCGAAACAUCCAAUUUCCGCCGAAACCAAUUUACGCUCUUGAAUACAGCCGCUUCGAAGAACGUGUUUGCUAUGCUGCGUGCACAGAUGGCGCUGUAUACAGGAUUGAUAUACCCAACUUAGUCGCAUCUACAGAGGAUCCACCGCAGUAUUGUAUACGGGCUGACCCAGCACUGGAGUACCUAAACACUCAAUACUAUGGCGCACCGGGAAUCUCCUCAGCUGCCACACCUUUUAUUACACAUCGGUCGGCAGCGUUGUCGCUCGGUCUCAGUGCUGACGAGGCGAAAUUCAUUGUCGGUUACGCGGACUCAUCAAUAAAAGUGUACGACAUCGAGACUCAAGAGGUGGAAACAACGUACAAAGUGCAUAAGCUUCGACUUCAAUUCAUUCCCAAAAAGUUGCAGCGUAUGCACGCGGGACAGGUAUGCGCCUUACGCUGCCACGACGAAAGACCUCGGGUAUUCGCUAGUGCAGCUUGGGACAACACUUUAAGGGUGUGGGACACCAGAUGCCCCGUGGGUUGUGUCGCUACCUUCGAAGGAGUCGACGUCUGCAGCGAUAGCAUUGAUAUAAAUAGGGACCAUUGUGUAGCUGGAAGCUGGCUACCCACGGAAGCCUUAACGGUCUGGGAUAUAGUGGCCAGAAAGCGGCUGAAUAUCAUCCGGGUACAGAACCGGAGACCAAAUGUCGAUGGAGAAUUUCUCUAUGCGUGUCGAUAUUGGAGAUCUUCAGAGUACAAUCGAAAAGGCAAAUACGCAAUAAUUGGCGGCAGCGGAACCAACUGCGUGGAAGUGAUCAACCUUCACAACCGAUUCAUUGCUUGUUCCUACCCUGCAUCCGGUACAGUUCUCGCCAUAACAAGUCACAAGGAACGCAUAGCUUUCGGAGGGACCGCACCCGUCCUCAGCAUUGUCUCCUUCCACGACCCCAAGCAUGAGAAAUACCGUGAAGUGGAGCCGGACUAUGAAUUCACUAAGGGCGAAAGGUACUUUUCUGACAGCAGUUCGGAAAUAUCACCAAAUCAAGAUGUUACGAAGUUAGCGAAGGCUUCGUCGAUCAGUGCGCCUGCAACGGCUGUCAAGUCUUCUGUCAGUCAAAAGCUGUGAAGUGAAUUCAUUGAAUAAAAUA